UCAAAUGAUCAACAAUAGUAUAAUUUUUUAUUAUUAAUUUAAAUACAUUUUAAAAAUAUAAUUUGAAUAUGCCGGUCAAUCAAAGAAAAGUAUAUUGUGUAGUAGUUUUGGUAUUUUAUGUUAUUGGAUUUGUCGUCUCAAAGCCUGGAGCUCCAAUGUCAUCGUAUGGUCCACCUGCAUCAGGAGGUGGUGGUUGUGGCGGUGGCUGCGGUGCACCUAUGUCUUCAUAUGGGCCACCCCCAGUACCAAUGUCGUCAUACGGUGCACCAUCAGGUGGAGGGGGCUGUGGUGGUGGUGGCUGUGGUGCACCAAUGUCUUCAUAUGGACCACCGCCAGCACCAAUGUCAUCAUACGGUGUACCAUCAGGUGGAGGGGGCUGUGGUGGUGGUGGCUGUGGUGCACCAAAGUCUUCAUAUGGACCACCGCCAGCACCAAUGUCAUCAUACGGUGUACCAUCAGGUGGAGGGGGCUGUGGUGGUGGUGGCUGCGGUGCACCAAUGUCUUCAUACGGACCACCAAUGAUGUCUUAUGGGCCGCCAAUGAUGAUGAAAGGUGGUGGUCAUGGUGGUAUGAUGAUGAUGAAAGGUUGUGGUGGAGGUUGCGGUGGUGGUGGUGGAGGUGGUAUGGGUGGUAUGGGUGGCUUUGACAUUAAAGGAUUAUUACAAAGUAAGAUAGGAGGACUAGGUCAAAUGAUGAAUGCCAUGGGUGGAAUGAAGCAAAAUAUGAUGAUGAAUAUGGGCGCUAUGAAAAAGAAUAUGAUGAUGAAUAUGGGUGGUAUGAUGCAGAAUGCUUUAGGGGGUAUACUUUCUAAGUUUAGUGGAUUAAAAGGUAAUAUGAUGAUGAUGGGCGGUGGGCGUGAUAAACGAUCAUUGCCUGAUCCACCACCGAACAGACCCUUAACAAAAAAAGCUCCUUUGAAUAAAGAAAUGAAAAAGUCUACACCAGUUAUGAAGGACAUUCAAGAACAAUCAGACUCAUAG